AUGCUUUUUCCAGAAGAUGGUUGUGUGCUAUACAAUCCAGAAGAAGAUAAUAGAGUUUACAAUACAAAGAGAGACUUUUCAAAGACUCGUUUCCUAGCAAACUCAGGUAACUUGUUCCUCACGGUAGAUGUUGAAUCCAAUCUCUAUAUCAUAGAUUUGUUUAGCGAGAAGAGAAUCAAUCUCCCACCUUUAGACUCAGUGGAAGGCCUUUUUACUCUUAAGCGAAUAGGAGAUAAGGAUUUCGAAGAGAAAUUUACUAGACCUAGCUUUGGUUACAGAAACCAGAAUGUGGUUAAUUUGAGAGGUCUUUUGUGGGUAGAUGAGGAGAAUAAAGAAGAAUACACUGUUGUGUGGUUUUUCGAUACAGAGAGUUACGAGGCAUACAAUGAAUUUGUAGCCAACACUGAUCUAUUACCACCACGUUACCUAGCUUCUCAUUCGAGUAGUGAUGAUAAGAUGUAUUCUAGCCAUAGAAAUAUUGUUGUUACAACAUCAGGAGAGGUUUUGUUAGUCGAGAGCAUCGUUUGUGAGUCUAGAAUCGGCUUCCGCCUCUAUAAGAAGGUUCCUAAUCCAAAUCCGGAUGAGCUUUUAUACACACCGUAUGUGUCUGUUGAGGUAUAUUCUUUAGGCGAUGAGGCCUUUCGUUUGGAUUUAGGUAUCAUUGUGCCUGCUGACCAUCCCCUUGGUAUCGAACCAUCUAUUUCACCCGUUACGACCGUGUCUAUAACUGUGAAAAGGAUUUUUCAUGUCGGGUCCGACACAUCUGUGUGUUCAAUCUUGAAACAAAGAAAAUCACACGCUUCCCAAGUCUCUCGCACUUAA